AUGGCUUCCAAGAGAUGCGGUGCAGCUGUGGGUACGGCAGUCGGCCUGGCAGGUGUGGCUGCCGGGAGCGCCUUCCUUGCUGGCACAGGAGGCCAGGUCAAGACCCCGGCGCUUAGAGCCACGGCCACGGCGCAGCAGGCCUCGAGUUCCCCGUCCUCUGCCACGCACUUCGCGGCGGCCUCCAUCGUCGCCUCGGCCGGCGCUUUCUACGCCAGCGGGCGCAAGGUUGCCAAGGGCAACUUCUCCGUGACGGCCCUCAAGGCCUUCGAGUCCGAGCUUGGUGUCCAGGCGCCAGUCGGCUUCUGGGACCCGCUCGGCCUGUCGAGCGAUGGCGAUGCCGAGGUGUUCGCUCGCCGGCGCGAAGUGGAGCUGAAGCACGGAAGGAUCUCCAUGUUUGCCACGAUUGGCUACAUUGUGCCGGAGUACUUCCGCUGGCCGGGUGAGCUCUCCCCGAAGUUGGGCUUGAAGUUCACCGACAUUCCCAAUGGCCUUGCGGCCCUCACCAAGGUGCCCGGUCAGGGCUGGGGGCAGAUUGUGGCAUUCCUGGGCACCUACGAGCUCUUCAUUAACAAGCCA